CGGGAGGGCACCACCGGCACAUUCAUGGCAUCUCCACCGAUGACUAAGAUUACAGACGUCAAUGCUGCAUACCUUAGGUACUACUCUAUCAUGCACCAAAUCCCGUGUAGCGUUCAGGGGAUGCACGGCGACGAAGGGUUAGUAUAGCAUGGACGUGCGAAUGAAGCCGGGCCAUUGCCACUCUUCCUCCGCUUAGGGUGCGUGGCUGCCAUGCUUGCGCAACACCGCAUGUACAUGCCACAUGCACCCCCUCCCCGCCUGUCAAAUGCCCCCGACACCCGUAGCUUCCCCACGUCGUAGCAGCAGCAGCAGUAGCAGCUGCACGACAUGUCGAACCUUCUCCGCCAGAGCCUGAAUGGCGCACCGCCUCCACCUCGGCCCAGACCCCUCCCUCUCUCCUCCUCCGCCCUAUCAGACUUGGACGAACACAGCUCUUCCGACUCCUCCACGAGUUCUGUCGAUUCUUCCGCGUCUGUCAACACACUUCGCCCGAGCUCGAGAGAGCAGAGUGCCCCGCCUGGUCACUGGACGAACUAUUUCUCACAAGAACUCUACCUGGACCAGGAAGACGAGCGACAGAAAGCACGCUACCAUGUCUACCUCACCCCACCAACGGAUGUCCAGAAAGGUCCCUUGUUCAUCUGCCACCAUGGGGCCGGAGCCUCAGGCCUAUCCUUCGCCGUCUUCGCCAAACACAUCUGCCAACGUCUCCCCGGCGCCGGCAUUCUCAGCCUGGAAGCACGAGCCCACGGUUCAACCGUCACCGACAUCGAAACUGGCAAUCAAAUCACAGACUUCAGUCUCGCCACCCUGACCUCAGAUGCAUUGGCCAUGAUCACUCUCACCCAACACCACCUCUCCUGGCCCACUCUUCCUCCCUCCAUCCUCAUCGGCCACAGCCUCGGCGGCGCCAUCGCAACCCAACUCGCCGUCGAUUACGCCCUCGGCCACGCUCUACUCGGCUACACCGUCAUCGACGUGGUCGAGGGGUCCGCCCUCGAAGCCCUGGCACACAUGAAAACCUACCUCUCCUCCCGUCCCACCACCUUCAACACCGUCGACGAAGCGAUAACCUGGCACACCCGCACCCGCACGAUCCGCCACGCGGAAAGCGCUCACGUCAGCGUUCCCAGCUUACUCAUCCAACAGCCAACGUCCGGGGGGAAGUUCACCUGGCGCACCGACCUCGCCGCCACGAGUCCGUGGUGGGAGGAGUGGUUCCACGGCAUGAGUGCCAAGUUCCUCGCCGGCCGCGGGGCGAAGGAGUUGAUCCUCGCGGGGACGGAUCGCUUGGAUCGGGAGUUGAUGAUUGGGCAGAUGCAGGGGAAGUUUCAGCUGGUGGUGAUCCCCGAGGCCGGGCAUUUCGUGCAGGAGGAUGUGCCGGAGAGGGUGGCGGGGCUGUUGGUGGAGUUUUUCAAGCGGAAUGAUCGGAGUGCGCUCGUGCUGCCGCCGAAGGUGUCGGAGUUGUUGGCUAGAGGGGAGAAGGUGUGA